GAUGAACGGAUUAUCUUCGAAAUUAAAGGCGCCAAAAAUGAAAGUAGGAAGAUUUAGAUGAGAAUGAAAGUCAGAGAGGGGGAAAAUGGCAGAUAAUACGUAUGAACUUGACGAUGAACAGAAAGAGAUUCCACAGAAGUUAAAGGCAGCUUUGUAUUACACCACUCUGAAGAUCAGUGAUGAGUUGGCAGAAGAGAAGGAGGUUGCACUCAGCCCUCAGGUAAUGGCCAGCGUUGCUGAAGCAACAUGGAACCAGUGUCAGCAAUUUGCAGAGGAUCUUGAAAUGUUUGCUAAACAUGCUAAAAGAAGCACAAUAACAGCAGAUGAUGUCAUACUACUCACAAGAAGAUCCGAGAAACUGUACACCUUAAUGUCCCAGAAACAUGAAGUGUAUGUAGAGGAAAAGCAGAAAAUGAAAAAGACAAAGAAACCCAGAAACAAAAAGUCCUCCACUGUCACUGUGUCAGCUGGCUUGGAUGUUGAGGAAGAUUCUAACAUGGAGGGCUGAAAUUGAUAUUUUUUUCAUUCAAUAAAGAAAUGUGAAGGAUUCUGCACAAGGGGAGACAACUGUAAUCAAAACUGUAUCAAAAAUCUAGUUAACACAAGUAGGAGUUUCCCAAAAUAUGAAUAUUGGUACUUUUUCCAUGAAGGAUUGUUUCCUUUAGAACAGUUAAAGUGAUUUUCUGGUUCUCAGCUGCUGAGAAUACAAAAAAAAGACACAUAAUGUAGAUUUCGUUGAUGAUGCUUUUAAAUGUUUGUGUGAUUAUCUACAUCACUUCAUUUUGAACAUGUGUAUUUCUUGAUUUUGCCGUUAUAGUGUACUAGCAUCAGUGAGGAGAAAGCUUUUAAUAAGUGUAUGUCUUCAUUAGAAGGUAAUCGGUGUUCUGCUGAAACAUUGACUAAAUUUUGAACAGUUAUUCUUGUCAAAUUCAUAAAUACAGAGGAGCGAUGAGAUUGGUGCUAUUCUCACAAAGGAAAGAUGGAAUAUGCUUCUUGUUCUUUUUUGUGCUUAGAGUGAUCUGCCUAUAGUCAAUGUGGUACUAUAAAAUGAUUUUAGAUAUCUGCUGUUGUCAUAUUGAUAUAUGGGAAGGUUUUGUGAAUGCCAUGUUUGCUACAAUUUACAUUGGACUGGAAUGAGAAUUAUUAGUGAUGUUCAAUAUAAAGUGAAGUUGUGCAAGGCGGUUAAUAAAAAUUUAGGGAAUAUCCUA